UGCAUUGAGAUUAAUAAAGACUUUUCGAUGGGCUACUGCAGAAUGGGUAGUAAAACUAUAAUAAGUUUUUAGGCACUAUUAUGAAAGAUAUGAAAUAAAAGAAUAAUGAACUUAAAUAUUACAAUUAAGCUAUAGAAAAGGAUGGAAAUUGUUUUUAAGCAUUUGUUUGUAGAGGUAACAUAAAAUUUAUAUUAUUAGGGCUUUAUUAUAUGGAUGAACAAAAGAUUGAUUAUGCGCUAAGUGAUUUCAAUUCAGCUAUUGAAAUCAAUCCUAAAUAUUGUUUGGCUUUUUAUAACAGAGGUUAAUUCUAAUAUACAAAUAUACAAGGAAAUUUAUAUACUGUUUGUGAUGAGAUAGAAAAUGCAUUAAAUGACUAUAAUCAAGCAAUCCAACUUGAUCCAAAAUUUGCAAUUGGCUAUUUUAGUAGAGGUGAAUACAAUAUCACUUAAUAUUAGGAAUUUUAUAUGAUGAUAUUGGUGAAAUAGAAAAAGCAUUAAAUGACUAUAAUCAAGCAAUCCUACUUGAUGUUAAUAAUGCAAAGGCCUAUCUCAAUAGAGGUAAGUAUUAUCAUACUUAAUAUAUUAGGAAUAUUGUAUGAUAAUAUUGGUGAAAAGGAAAAAGCUUUAAAUGAUUUUAAUCAAGCAAUCCAACUUGAUCCAAAUGAUGGAACGAUCUAUUACAAUAGAGGUGAAAUCUUUAACACUAAUAAUAUAUUAGGGAUUUUAUAUGCUGAUAUUGGUGAAAAAGAAAAAGCAUUAAAUGACUAUAAUUAAGCAAUUCAACUUGAUCCAAAUGAUGCCUUGGCCUAUACUAAUAGAGGUGAAUAUAAUGUCACUUAAUAAUUUAGGAAUUUUAUAUGCUCUAAUUGGUGAGAAAGACAAAGCAUUAAAUGACUAUAAUCAAGCAAUCCAAUAUGAUCCAAAUAAUUCAAUUGCCUAUUAUAAUAGAGGUAAAUAAUAUUACACUAAAUAUAUUAGCCAUAUAAUAUUAUAAUAUUGGUUAGAAAGACAAAGCUUUAACUGACUAUAAUCAAGCAAUCCAAUUAGAUCCAUUUUUUUAUAAUGCCUAUAAUGGAAAAGGUGUUAUCUCCAUAUUAAAAUUUUAGGUGUUGCUUUAUAGAAUUUAAAUUAAUAUCAACAAGCAAUAAUCUGCUUUGAUCAAGCGAUUUCACUUGCUCCAAAUUAUGUUAAUGCUUAUUUUAACAAAGGUUUUAUGUUAACUAUAUUUUAGCAAAUUCUUUAGAAAAAUUGACCCAAUACUCUUAAGCCAUUAAAACUUAUUAAAUAGCUUUGAUAUUUAACCAUCCUUCUUAAAAUUAUAUUAUUUAAACAAUCCAAUAGCUUAGAGCAUUAUUAUGA